AUGGCUCUCCUCCCAGAACCCUUUGCGAGCAUCCCUCGCGAGAACUUCCUCUUUGGCCCCUCGCCCAUCGAGCCCCUCCCCCGCAUAUCCGCCGCCCUGGGCGGAAAGGUCAACGUCUACGCCAAGCGUGAGGACUGUAACUCUGGUCUGGCAUACGGCGGUAACAAGACCCGUAAGCUCGAAUACCUCGCCUCAGACGCUCUCGCCCAGGGCUGCGACACCCUAGUCUCCAUCGGCGGCGUCCAGUCCAACCACACCCGCCAAGUGACCGCCGUCGCCGCCAAGCUCGGCCUCAAAGCCGCCCUCGUCCAGGAGAAGUGGGUCGACUGGGAGGACCCCGUCUACGACAAGGUCGGCAACCUCCAGCUCUCGCGCCUCAUGGGCGCCGACGUCCGCCUCGACCCCUCAACAUUCGGCAUCGAGCACAAAAACACCCUCGCCAACCUAAAGGAAGAGCUCGUCGCCGCCGGCCGGAAACCCUACUACAUCCCCGCCGGCGCCUCCGACCACCCCCUCGGCGGCCUCGGCUUCGCCCGCUGGGCGUUCGAGGUCGAGGCCCAGGAGAAGGAGCUCGGCGUCUUCUUCGACACCGUCAUCGUCUGCGCCGUGACGGGGUCCACCAUGGCGGGCAUGGUGGCCGGCUUCAAGCUCGCCGAGAAGAAGGCGGGGGGGUCCUCCUCCUCUCCUUCCCGCAAGCGCAAGGUGAUUGGCAUCGACGCGUCGGCGACGGUGAAGCAGACGUUUGACCAGGUGCUGCGCAUCGCCAAGAACACGGGCGUCAAGAUUGGUCUCGAGGAGGGCGACAUCACCGAGGCCGACAUCAUCCUCGACGACCGCUUCCACGGCGGCGUCUACGGCGUUCCGGACCAGGUCACGAUCGACGCCAUCAAGUUCGGCGCCAGCACCGAGGGCUUCAUUACCGACCCCGUGUACGAGGGCAAGAGCUUGGCAGGUAUGAUGCAGCUCAUCAAGAAUGAGGAGAUUCCUGCCGGUAGCAAUGUUUUGUACGCGCACUUGGGUGGCCAGUUGGCGCUCAACGCCUACUCUGGCAUGUAA